AUGGCCGAUCGUGAUGAUGACGACUUCUCGACGGACGAAGAAAACGAGUACGCUCCGCAAUUUCUCUCAACGAUUCCAAUGGUCCUGCACAAUGACAAAGGCUCGGCGACGUUCAACGCACUUGCUGACUCCGGGGCCUCUUCCUCCUUCAUCGCAGAUAAGGUGGUUGAGAAACUGGGGUUAGUUAAGUACCGUCUGCCUGUACCUUCAACGGUCAGAACUGCAAUCAAAGGCCAACAGAGCGCGUUCCGCAUUACCUCAUUCGUGAAGAUCCCGAUGAAAGGCGCACAGCACCCUAACAUGUGAUCCAAAAGUAAAGCAAUUUGAAUUGAUGUAAUUCAAAUACCAGGUGCCACAUUAGGUGCGUAAGGCACACCUGCCUUACACCCAAUCACGUUGGAAAAUGGGGCCUGGGACGCCGGUGUAAGGCAGGUGUGCCUUACGCACCUAAUGUGGCACCCGGUAUUUGAAUUACAUCAAUUCAAAUUGCUUUACUUUUAGAUCACGCGUUAGGGUGCCGCGCACCUUUCAGCCGGAGAGACAAUUCUGAAGGUGGCCAAGCUGCAGGAGCCGUUGGAAGUGGUGUUGGAGUUCAAUUUUCUCACGAAGCACAAGGUGAACAUCGAUUGCGAGAACCACCAGAUCCUGGUCCCACAUGCUGACACUCCCAACGUGACGAUCGACCUGCUCGCGCCGAUGUAGCAACGCACGGAAAGGGGCACCAAGCGGAGCAACAAGGCGCGAAUCAACUGGAAUGCUGUCAUCACAUACAUCGACGGGGUGCAACAAAAGGAGGCGGAGCACGCGGAACUGCGACGGCAGGAAGCGAAGCUACAAGCGGAGUUUGUGGAUCGAUUCCCGAGUGAUAUCCCACCUGUCAGGAUCACAGCCUGCACUGCCAUCAAUACUCGAAGGAAGUCUCCCAAGUUUGCGGCCGGAGUCGACAUCAGCUACCGGUUCGUUCGUUGCAAGCAUCGUGGGCGCGAUGGCGUAGUCGUGAGGGCGCGCGAGCGCGCACUCAGUGGUUGAGGGUUCGAUCCGCCCGGAGCGCGAUCGGCCUUUUGGUUUCUUUUCCUUUUUGUUAUCCGAGGCCCGGCUUCGGGGUUUUUACCGGUGCCUUGCGGGCAAUCCUUUUUACCCCUGAAGCGACCUCGUGGUGUAGUUAUUUGACUCAGUCUUUCCUUCGUUCGGAGCACUUCCCUCCCUUUGCUUUUGCCACCCUUUCCCCAGAGCUUGGUCCACUCAUUAUCAUGACUCGUACCCUCCCUCUUUUUACCCAUUUCGCUGGCAAUUAAGUCCGUUACACUUGAUUUGCUGCGAAGCCUUCCGACCGAAUCCACUCCUCGGUCGACUGCCGCCGCCCAGCCAACUCGACCUUCCCACCGGCCUGGUCAGCUAUUUCUUGGAUCGUUUGCCCUCCCCCUUCUGUCCGACCUCGUUGGCCACCAUAGUUCGGUACACUGGACUUGCUGCAAGCCUUGCAGCCGCGUAUCCUCCGCGGUUGCCUCUCGGUCGACACCCCUUUCGCUUCUUCGCGCUUUCGCGCGCUCUCUCGCUCUCUCCCUCGUCUCUCGCGUGUGGUCAUCGUCAUCCCCUCCGACGUUGCCUGUCACCACCAGUGUCAAAGUACGAGUCACCAGUCCGACACCGCAUCGAGCUCAAGCCGGGAGCGAAGAAGCCAAACUUGAAGGGUUAUCGCACACCGCACCAUUAUCGAACAGCAUGGAAAUGA